AUGCCAACCACGUUCGCUCCAGUCAUUGGAUUAUCUGAACAUAUUGCAACACAAACAUGUAAUUGUCACUAUCCAAUUGGUCUAGUCAUAUUCCUGAUUUUCACAAUUAUCAGUCUAUUGGUUUGUAUAUGUGUUUGCUGCUUCGAUUUGGGACAGUGCAAUCUAUGUCAAGGGGAUAGCAAGAAAGAAGUGAAGUUCCGGCGUACUUCUAUGAAUGCGAGAUUCGUGGAGCCCAGCAAGUUUGUCAUUGAUAGAAAGAAGUCUAGAACAUUGCUUUCGAGAUAUUCAAACAAGUUUCCUAAGAACUAA